ACGAACGCGUGCAGUGUGGAUUUUCAAAUUGGCCAAAAAUACUAGUAUAAAAUCAAAAAAGAAAAAAAAUUCUGUACAGGCGGUUCCUCGGCGAAACAAUCAACGGGAGCGGCAGAAACGGGUGUUUUGUUGGUUAUGGCUAUAUAGCCCCAAAAAUUUAUGCCAUUCGUUUGUCAAUAAAAAAGCCCGAGAAACGUAAACAGAAGCGAAGCGAACGGAGCGAAAAGAAAGACAUCAUAUUGAAUUUAUGGUGUAGGUGCAGCGACGUGGUUCUCGAGGAUUCGAGGAUAUCCUGGUCUCCUUCUUGUCCUUGUCGACAGGGUGUGACACACGGCUCAGUUUGGUGGCGUCGGCGUCGAUUUGCACGUGCCCUUACCUUUACCUUUGAACUCGCCCAUCUACCGUUCUGUCUAUCGGUCCUUGUGUGCUGUCCUUUUAUUGUUGUCUUACCUCUUACCUGGCUACAAUUACCGUUAUCGGGCAGUGGCCAAAUUGCUUUUCCCACCCGCAACGUUGUGUUACAAUUCCGGUCCGGCUUCGGUUCCACACGGCGUAUGCAUUACGGUUUUGAGGGCUCCAGCUCCACGGUCGUCGUAUUGAGCAUGAUAAUUGAAUUUCUGUGGCGGCUGCUUUGUGGAAAUCUCCUAAUUGGAAAUUUGUUAUUUGAGUUCGAUGAACUGUGAACAAAAAACAGAGCCCAAAAUUGAAAAUGUGCCGUGACAAUCAAGUGAAUCUACCAAUUGCCAUUACAAAGUGAUCCGGAAAGUUAUAAAAUAAAAAAAAAGCAUGGAAAACAUGGAUAACUCAACAAUGGUGGUCGACCUGGUCGUCAAUUCUACAAGGAAUGAUGAGAACAUGACCUCCUUCUUCACCGAUGAGGAGUGGGUGGCCAUCAGAGGUACUCUGCCUUGGAUAGUGAUUUUCCUCUUCGGCGUCAUAGCCAUCACGGGACUCUUGGGCAAUCUGCUGGUCAUUCUGGUGGUGGUCUUUAACAAGAACAUGCGUUCCACCACCAACUUGAUGAUCGUUAACCUGGCCGCCGCAGAUCUUUUGUUCGUGAUCCUCUGCAUUCCGUUUACGGCCACCGAUUACAUGGUCUACUAUUGGCCAUAUGGACGCUUCUGGUGCCGGAGUGUCCAGUACUUGAUUGUGGUGACGGCCUUUGCCUCGAUCUACACGCUGGUCCUAAUGUCCAUCGACCGUUUCCUGGCGGUGGUCCAUCCCAUUAGAUCGCGCAUGAUGAGAACAGAGAACAUCACCCUGAUUGCCAUCGUGACUUUGUGGAUCGUGGUGCUGAUCAUUUCGGUGCCGGUAGCCUUAACCCACGAUGUGGUGGUGGACCACGAUGUCAAGAAGAACAUCACCUAUGGAAUGUGCACGUUCAAGCCGAACGACUACGUCACCGAGAAAUCCUACCAUGUCAUCUUCUUCAUCACCUCUUACCUUCUGCCCUUGAUGAUCAUCAGCGGGCUGUACAUGCGCAUGAUCAUGCGGCUAUGGCGUCAGGGCACUGGCGUUCGCAUGUCUAAGGAGUCGCAGCGAGGUCGCAAGCGUGUCACCCGCCUCGUCGUAGUGGUGGUCAUUGCUUUUGCCUCGCUAUGGCUGCCCAUCCAGCUUAUCCUGCUGCUCAAGUCAUUGGAAAUUCUCACAACGGAUACCCUCAUCAAACUUAUCAUUCAGGUCGCCGCUCAGACUUUGGCAUACACCAGCUCCUGCAUCAAUCCCCUGCUCUAUGCCUUCCUCUCCGAGAAUUUCCGGAAGGCCUUCUACAAGGCCAUUAACUGCUCGUCUCGAUAUCAGAACUACACAUCUGAUUUGCCGCCGCCACGGAAGACGUCCUGUGCCAGGACCUCCACCACAGGGCUCUAAGGAUAAUUUACUAAAAGGAAGCGAGGAAUUUCGAAGGCAGAGCCAUAUGAUUAACCUUCAUUACGAGCGAAUCUCCGAGAGUAGACAGAAAGGACAAAUGCAAAUGUUCUUGACAGGGAAUCACAUGACCAAUGGACCAAAGGACUGAAGUGAUGUUCUUCGAAUGGCUAGAUUUAAAUAUAAGAACUUUGUACAUAAAAUAGAAUAUAGAACUAUAAACUAGUCAUUAAUGAUUGUCUAUUACUUUGCUAUAUAAUAGUACAUAGAGAUUAUUAUAGUAAUGAUAAUACUUAUCGUAAUAAAAUGAUUUUAAGAGGACUAAGGAUUAUACCUAUUACAAAUUCCCUUGCUGUAAGCCAAAUUGUUUGCCAGUGUUAACGCAGUUUUAAAAGAGUAUCAUUGUAAUUGUUAUAUAGAUAAUGCUUAUCGGAAUAUAAUGCUUUACAAGCUCCCCUUGGUGUAAGCCAUAUUGUUGACGAUGUUAUCACAGUUUGUUAUUUGUGUAAACCAUUAAAAAAUUAACAAACAAGCA